GAAUUUUGAAAGAAGUUCAGCGAAGACGUCGUGGAAAUGGAUUUGAGGAAAGUACGGAGUACAGACAAAUCGGCGCGUGACAAAGGAGAAAGUGAAAGGCUUGGAAAUACGGCCCUGGGUGCCCAAGUGCAUCGCACGGGUGGCACGAUACUGGUUUCAUGCGAGAAAAGGUGGCAGAACCUCGCGGGAUGUCGAUCGACCAGCCUCGUAAAAUCCCGCGGUUCUACAUGACAAACGUCGCGAUCGAAAUUGCGGGGGUGCAGCGAAAACGGCGUACGCGGACGAACGAUUAAAGCGAUACCAGUGACCGGUGGUGGUCCCAGUGGUUGCCCGAGGUCGUUCCGUGCCGUGCAACAGGCCUCUUACUCGAAAAAGUGAACGUUGCGUUAUGCCGCCUUCGCGAAACACCGCGUCGCUUUCUCAUGGCUAACUCUGCUACCGAGGGAACGUGGUCCGUGAGUGGAAAUCGAACCCUGAACCGUUUGUGUGUCUCUGAGUUCGAGGAGACUGAUCGGACGUCAUAAUGUGCCGAGAUGACGACGAAAUCCUGAUGACCGUGACUGACAGGAACUCGGCACCGUGUCACGUCACCUGAACGGAAAUGGGUUCGUGGACAUUGGGAAGAUGAUCGGUGAACCGAAAUUCGAUCGAAAGCGGAGGAGACGUUUAACGAGAUCGAGCGAACCCAUGGACUGGCCGAGGGUCGUGCUGCCGUUUUUAUUGAUCACAAUAGCGAGGCACAGCAGCACACAGGCGGCCCAAAUACCCCAGCAACCUACGUCGACCGCUGCGAUAGCGAGCACAGUGCAAAUCGAGUGUGCGAGCGAGUCGAUAAUCGUGCACAUUUCGACGGAAGGAAAGACCGAUUUCCACGGUUUGGUGUACCCAAGGGGUCUGUCGAAGAACAGCUCUUGCCUGCAAGAGUACAGGAGCCAGCCUACCCCUAUCACCUACAACCUACCCCUCAGGUCUUGCAACACCAUGCCUACCGAGCUGGACGACGGAGGUAUCGAGUACUUCAAUACUAUAGUAGUGCAGCCACACCUGAAACUGGUGACGAACCAGGGCAGAGGAUUCCACGUGCGCUGUCGCUACCAAACUCGGGACAAAGUGGUGACAAACGACCAGACGCACGUGGCGAUGUUGCAAUCGCUACCGUUGCAGGCGACAGCUCCCAUGCCAGGAUGCACGAUGAAGAUCUUCAGCGGAGAUCCAACGAGGCAUCAAGUGGCGGAAAACGUGAAGAUCGGGGACCCUCUGACCCUGGUCAUUAGCAUCGACAAGCAGGAAAUGUUCGGCUUGAAGAUAUCCGACUGCCUGGUGCGCGACGGUCUUGGAUGGGGAGAGCAAAGGCUUAUAAACGACGAAGGUUGCCCUGUGGACGGAGAGAUCAUGGGACAAUUCACGUACAACGAGGAUAAGAUCGAGGCAAAAGUGAACUUCCAGGCUCACAAGUUCCCCUACACGGCCAGCGUCUAUUACCAAUGCAACGUUCGACUGUGUAUAAAACACGAUGGAGGGUGCAGCAAGACGCCACCGGAAUGCAAUUCGUUGUCCAGAAGACGCAGGGACACUGCCAACGAGAAUGCAGCGAAAGGUGUCGAGGGACUGGACGCCGGCACACCGGCCACAAUCGAGGUCUACAGUGGGUUGUAUGUGAACGAAGCCUCGGACAUUGCCUCCAAGUCCGACUUCACCGACGACGUCUUCAGGGAAAGGACCAUCGACGAUCCUAACAGUAUCUGCAUAUCGCAGAGGAGUUUCGCGAUUGGAAUAGCAGUCGCUGGUUUGAUUCUAAUGUUAGCGGUGGUCGCGGCGAUUCUGGUACUACUGGCGAAGAGGCGACAUAAGAGCGUCUCGACGACGGGAUCGUCUAUCUACAGCGGCCCGUACACGAAUACCGCGUACAGCCACAGCAGUUAAGUUUCGAACGAACGAAAUCGCAGGUAUCGGUUCUACGUCCACCGCGUCGCGAGGCUUAGAGAAUUUAGCAACAUGAGAUUUUGCUCAACUGCCGAUGCUAUUGUAUUUUCGUUUCGACGAGGGGUAGCUAAGAACGAGGUCCGAACACGCAAAUUUAAAAAAUGCUUGCCAGUUCAUAACUAGACCGUCAAUUUUCGUACGCGAUAUAAAACAUCUAACAAAUAUGAUGUUAUCAAUUUUAUAUGUCGUAUAAAUUCUACAUACUUCCUGCAUAAUUCAAUUAUUCUAUGAAUGCAAGUCUACUGAUAAUUUAAACACUGCCUUUUUAAAGAACCUUACCGUUGUUUUAUGAAUAACGCGUGCCAGGACCCGGGCAGCCUAGCUCGACAACGUGAAACUCGACACGAAUCCGUAGGAUUAACUAAUAAUAUAUACGUUAUUUUGAUUAUUAUUAUACAUUAUAAUAUUGUAUACUAGUCCAGUAUACGCUGUCCUAGCUACCCUAGCAGCCGCACUAAACUAAGAGAAAAAGGAACCCAACGAAUUCCCUCUUUCUCUCUCUCUCUCUGUGUCUCGGUAACUUAACUUAAUCAGCCGCGCAGAACGGAUCGCUCUAGCGUUUAAGGCGAAGUCGACAGAGACUCUAUUUUUUUUUUUCUUUUUCGUAGCGAAUCAAACGCCCCAGUGAUUUUUAACUACCGUUCUUCUUCCACGACUUCCGUAGCAAGUGUCGGCAUAGAUAACUUCCUACUUCCAUAGCAAUCUUUCUCUCAUUAUUUAUAAUCCCUUCCGUAAUAUCGUUUCCACAGAAAUAAUCCCCGAGUUCAAUUUAAUUGCAACGAACGAUAUUUAUUAAAAUUAAUCGAAUUCUGUUUACAUUUUCAAAUUCAUCAAUUAAUAGUAGAAUUUAUUCUGUACAGUCUCCACUUGAAAUUGAAUUAAAUACAUUUGAUCGUGAAUGAGCUACCACGAACUGUAAUUAAAUAUUUAAUCAUCGUGUGAGAAGGUCGGGGGCGAGUUUCUGUGGUAUCGAACGAUAACGACGGCUCGAAACGAGCAAAUACUUGUAAGGGAUCCUGCGAUGAUCACGCGGCCCCCGAUUAUGUGCUUGGAUAUUACGUGAUAACGGGUCCCGUUGCCGCGGAACAAAGGAGAGGAAAAACUAAUAACAAACUGCAGCACCAAAGAGUAAAAAGGUGUAAAGAAAGUUCCUCGCGUCUGCGAGCACACGGGACACUCGCGUGAGUGUGGCGACAAGAGUGUAUAAUCCAUUAUAACGCUUAAACGUAAAACUAGUUUUCAUUGAAACGAGGUGCUGCUCCGGUAUCGUUACUCCUCUCUCAUCUUUUUUAUUUGGCUACUUCGAACCGUAAUUCAAUAAAAAUAAUUUCUAUCGGUGUUUACAUCGGUAUUCCAGGAUCGAUUGAAAAAUUUAAUUGGCAGUGUAGGAGUACCGAGAUUCGUGGAGCGUUUUUUUUUAUUUAGUUUUUAAUUUGUGAGAAAAGGAGAGACACCGCUUCGGAGCGGUGGCGUAACUGGGUCCAACGUGGUGGUGGGUAAUCGUAAAGUUUACUUUUAAAGCGAGCAAAGAUGAAAAUAGGAGAGUAUGAAUGCGCGAACGUAACACUCGUAACCAAUCAGUUGUUCAUACGACAAAAAAAAAAGCAUCGAUUCGGUUUAAUAAGAGAGCUGUUAAUCAUUUUUGUAAACGACGAGACUUCGAUAUUCAGACAACAACGUCGUACGACGAAGAGUUCGAAUCGCAUACGAAACUAAUCUAAUAAUAAUUCCUAUGAAACUUCUUUGUUACGACGUUAGAUAAAUUAUAUUAUUGUGCAAUAAUAAUUCGAGAGAUGAUAUUGUGACUCGAAUGUGCAAUGCCUAGCAAGGAUCUGCAGACGUUCUACUUAGAAACAGUUUCGAAAUUUCGUUUUGAAACUGUCGCUAAAUGGCACGAUGAACGAGAAAGAAUUAUCGUUUCAUCGUAUCCGCGGCAUUGGUUCAUAGCGACAUUGGGGACAGAAAAUGCCUGUAUAGAGUACUUUUUGUAAGCAUACGAUUCUAUUCUCCCGAGUCCCGCAACGUUUCUCUGGACCCUUGUCCAAAAACUUACAACGAACUUGUGUAAAUAACGAAGACGUAAUAAAUCUUGUAACCAUAAA